AUGAGGGACCUUAUUCAGGAAUCCAUUUUUGGUCAGACGGCGCGUUUGCUCACAAGAGGCAAAUUCCUGCAGUAUCCCGAGGAGCGAGAUCCUUCUCUAUGGAAGCGAUACAUCGACCCUGGGAGAUCAGGAGGCCAGGCGCUUCAGGCUGCUUCCUUGUCGAGCCGGAGGGCCCCUAAUGGAGAGUCGGAUGAAGAAAGCAAGCGAAGCGUCGAUGUCGAAAAGGAAGGAAUCGACUCGGAUACGACGUCGCCAGACGGGAGAAACCAAGCGGGUGCCGACGCCGACGCAGAGAAUGGAAAAGAUACGCUACUGGUCACUUGGUACGGUCCGGAUGACCCAGCGAAUCCGCAAAACUGGUCUGUAGGAAAGAAAUUCUUCGUAACCUUCGAGAUAUGUCUCUUGACCUUCAGUAUCUACAUCGGUUCCGCCAUUUACACUCCUGGAAUCCAAGAUGUCAUGCAAAAGUUUGGCGUUUCCCAGGUCGCCGCAACCUUGGGGUUGACGCUUUUCGUCGCUGGCUACGGACUUGGUCCGAUGAUCUGGUCGCCCAUGUCGGAGAUCCCAUACAUCGGCCGCAACCCCGUGUACUUCCUGACACUCAUAGUCUUCGUCGUCUUCCAAGUCCCUACUGCCCUCGCUGUCAAUUUUGGCAUGCUCCUCGCCUUCCGUUUCCUGACCGGCUUCUUCGGCUCGCCGGUCCUGGCCACCGGCGGUGCUAGUGUCGGCGACAUGUAUGCGCCGCGCAAGCGCGCUUACGGAAUGGCCGUCUGGGGCAUCGCGGCCGUCUGCGGUCCUACAAUGGGCCCGCUCAUCGGCGGCUUCGCUGCCCAAGCCGAGGGCUGGACAUGGACAAUCUGGGAACUGAUGUGGCUAUCCGGCUUCUGCCUCGCCUUCAUCUUCUUCUUCUUGCCCGAAACCAGCUCCCAGAACAUCCUGUACCGCCGCACCCGCCGCCUCCGCAAGCUGACCGGCAAUUCCAAGCUGAAGUGCGAGCCGGAGAUCAUGGCAGAGAACAUGACGGGCAAAGACAUCGUGUUGAUGGCACUCGUCCGGCCGAUCACGCUGAACUUCACCGAGCCGAUGGUGUUCCUGCUCAACCUCUACAUCGCACUCAUCUACGGUCUUCUCUACAUCUGGUUCGAAUCCUUCGUCAUCGUCUUCGUCGAGAUCCACGGCUUCGACCUCGGCCAGCAAGGCCUCGCCUACCUCGGCAUCUUCGUCGGCGCCCUCGUCACCAUCCCGCCCUUCUUCACCUACCUCUACCUCGUGCAAGAAAAACAGUUCAACUCCCGCGGCGACAUCAAGCCGGAAAAGCGCCUGCCGCCCGCCUUCGUCGGGGCCUUCUGCGUCCCCAUCUGCCUCUUCUGGUUCGGCUGGAGCGCGCGGGCCGACGUGCAUUGGAUCAUGCCCAUCAUCGGCAGCGCUUUCUUCAGUGUCGCUGCGACGCUGCUGUUCAACUCGGUGCUGAACUACCUCGCCGACGCCUACCCGGACCACGUCGCCAGCGUGCUGGCCGGCAACGACGUCAUGCGCUCCGCUUUCGGCGCGGGGUUCCCGCUGUUCGCAAACGCCAUGUACAAAGAUUUGGGCGUCGGGUGGGCGAGUAGCACACUGGCGUUCUUGGGCAUUGCGUUUAUCCCAAUUCCGUUCGUGUUGUACAUUUACGGUGAGAGGUUGAGAAAGGACUAUAGCAGGCAUGCGAGGAAGGAUUUUUAA